UCAGCGGGCGGGGCAUAUCUGUCACGUGACCGGCAUAGCGGCGCGGCGCAGUCGGCGCAGGCGCAGAUGCCGCGGCUCUGGGGCGUCCGUUCCCGCUGAGGCUAUCUUGGCGGUGCCGAAGCUGCUUCCCUUUCCCUUUCCUCUCCCUGGUCUUCUCUGGGUGGUUUACUUGAGAAAAAAAUCCUCUGGGAAAUCUGCUCCUGUGCAUGCUAAGGUUUGAACUAUGAAUUAAUAGAAUGACAACAGUAUUAACCAACUUGAUCGUUAUUAGGCAAGACAUAUAUACCUUCCUGACCUCAGGAUUGAACCCAGUAUUCAGUUUCAGUGGCUACACAAACAAGUUCCCAAACUCAGUACUCAAGUACUCUAUAGUAGUUCCAAGUAUGAAGAGACUGGUGUGUUUCACAGAGAAAACAGGCUUUGCUUUACUCCAGAGAAUAUAUCAGACUGCAUGGCAGAACUGUUUGUAAUUUGGGACCCUAUGUUCUACAAAUAUUGGCCCUGCCUCAGACUUACUAGACUCUUCAUCUAUGGUUCCUGUUACUUUGUGUUUAUACUUCAGUGGAGUUAAGCACAGCACCAAAUGAAGCAAAUAAGGAAAUGAAUUCUUUCUCUUGAUAGGUCAAAGUGCUUGGCUAAGCAGAAAAGUGAAAAGAAAUGCUGAACUUUACCAGAUGUCAACAUUUGAAACAGAUAACGCAGAAGUGUUUUUCUAAUGUACCAGUUAAAGUGCUGACUCGUAAACAACUCUUGCUUUCACGAACCUUUGCAUGUUCAGAAUCAGGGAAGUCAUGGCACUCAACGCACUCUCUUGUUGGAGACAAAAAUAUUAUCCUGAUGGGGCCUCCUGGUGCAGGGAAAACGACAGUAGGCAGGAUAAUAGGUCACAAACUAGGUUGUUGUGUCAUCGAUGUGGACGAUGAUAUCCUUGAGAAAACCUGGAAUAUGAGUGCUUCUGAAAAAUUGCAUAAUGUAGGCAAUGAGCGAUUUUUAGAAGAAGAAGGAAAAGCCAUGUUAAACUUGUCUGCAUCUGGAAGUGUGAUUUCCCUCAGUGGGUCCAAUCCCAUGCAUGAUGCUAGUAUGUGGCAUCUGAAGAAAAACGGAAUUGUUGUAUACCUGGAUGUUCCUCUAGUAGAUAUAAUUAGUCGUCUGAAAUCAAUGAAAAUUGAUAGGAUUGUUGGUCAGAACUCUGGAACUUCUAUGAGAGACUUGCUGAAACACAGAAGACUGUACUAUAAGAAGUGGUACGAUGCUCGAGUCUUUUGUGAGAGCGGGGCUUCCCCUGAGGAGGUUGCUGACAAAGUGUUGGAUGCAGUGAAAAGAUACCAAGAUUUGGAUUCAGACACAUUCAUUUCAACAAGGCACGUUUGUCCUAAAGACCAUGACAAGAGGUUUCCACCAAAAUACUUUAGUGAAGCUGUAAUAGAGGGAUUGGCUUCCGAUGGUGGACUCUUUGUACCUGAGAAGGAGUUUCCAAAAUUAAGCUGUGGGGAGUGGAAAAGCCUAAUAGGAGCAACCUAUGUAGAAAGAGCACAGAUACUUCUGGAAAGGUGUAUUCACCCUGCAGACAUACCUGCCACCAAAUUGGGAGAAAUGAUUGAAACUGCUUAUGGGGACAAUUUUGCCUGCUCCAAAAUUGCCCCCGUCAGGCACCUUUCAGGCAAUCAGUUCAUUCUGGAGUUGUUCUAUGGGCCAACAGGGUCUUUUAAAGAUUUGUCUUUGCAGCUUAUGCCUCAUAUUUUUGCCUACUGUAUCCCUCCAAGUUGCAAUUAUGUGAUACUUGUAGCUACUUCAGGAGACACAGGGAGUGCAGUCUUAAAUGGUUUUAGCCACCUUAAUAAAAAUGACAAGCAAAGGAUAGCUGUGGUCACAUUUUUCCCAGAGAAUGGAGUUAGUAAUUUUCAAAAAGCACAGAUAGUUAGCAGUCAGAGAGAAAAUGGAUGGGCAAUAGGUGUAAGGUCGGAUUUCGAUUUUUGCCAGACAGCUCUAAAAAAAAUAUUUAACGAUUCUGAUUUUACUGGCUUUCUGACUGUGGAAUAUGGAACAAUCUUAAGUUCAGCUAAUUCUAUAAAUUGGGCUCGACUUCUUCCCCAGGUAGUUUACCAUGCCUCUGCCUAUCUUGAUCUUGUUGGCCAAGGGUUUAUUUCUUUUGGAAGCCCAGUGGAUGUCUGUAUUCCCACAGGAAACUUUGGGAACAUAUUAGCAGCAGUGUAUGCCAAGAUGAUGGGAAUCCCUAUUCGGAAAUUUAUCUGUGCCUCUAACCAGAACCAUGUUUUGACUGAUUUCAUAAAAACUGGACAUUAUGAUCUGAGGGAUAGGAAAUUAGCACAGACUUUUUCACCAUCAAUAGAUAUUCUCAAAUCUUCAAACCUGGAACGACAUUUAUACUUGAUGGCUAACAAAGAUGGACAGUUAAUGUCAAAUUUAUUUAAUCAGUUAGAGAGUCAGCUUCACUUCCAAAUAGAGAAGAUGCUCAUAGAGAAGCUGCAGCAGGAUUUUGUGGCUGAUUGGUGUUCUGAGGGAGAAUGCCUCGAAGCCAUCAGCACUACCUACAACUCAUUGGGGUAUAUUUUGGAUCCACAUACCGCUGUCGCAAAGGUGGUUGCAGACAGGAUGCAAGACAAAACCUGCCCAGUGAUCAUCUCAUCGACUGCUCACUACUCCAAGUUUGCACCUGCUAUCAUGCAGGCACUGAAGAUUAAAGAACUCAAUGAGACAUCGUCAAGCCAGCUUUACUUACUGGGCUCAUACAAUGCAUUACCACCUCCUCAUGAGGCUUUAUUAGAGAGAAUGAAGCAGAAAGGGAAGAUGGAUUACCAGGUUUGUGCAGCUGAUGUCAGUGUCCUGAAGAGUCAUGUGGAAAAACUGAUCCAAAAUCGAUUCAUAAGGAAGUCUGAGUAGAGUGUUUUUCUUGGUAAGAAGCAAAAAUAAAUCUCAAGAGUCUA